UUGCGCCCCUGAACUACAGCUGAAUGUUUGAAUGUUUGAAUACUUUCAGUACUAUUAUAUCGUGUUCUACUAUGGCUGGAUGGACUAGAGUUACUAGAAAUACUUAUUUUAUUUUGAUAUUAAUAAUGAUAAAAAUGGUUUCACUCACUGCCACCGAUACGGGAUCAACAAAAGAAAAAGAUGUAAUAGAAAAUGAUGACUCUAUGAACCAUCUACCCGAGGCGACCUUCCAAAAGUAUGCCCACCGAGUGUUUUAUAUUCUGGAGAAAACAGAAUGGAAAAAUAUUUCCCAUAACUGGUGGAGGAAGAGAAACGAUCCCCAGAGUGAAUUAACUGAGAAUGAGAUAAAUGAACUAGUAACAUUAUUGGACGGUUUAUUGGAGAAGGAUUCAAGCAAUUUGACACAAAAGGAAUUAAAUUACGUCAAGAAACGAGAAAUUGAUCAAAUAAGAAGAAGAAUACUCCCGAGAAAAAAGUAUCUUCAAAAAGAUUUUCAGGAACCAGAUCACUUAGACAUGACAAGAAUAAAGUUUGAUGGCCAGGACUGGAAACUUCUGAUACGAGCCUUUGAAAAACAUAGAAGAGAAUGGACACAUCUAAGAGAAUUAAACUGGAAGCAGUUUCAGAUGGAGAAAUUAUUUCAGGAAAAGCAGGUUCUCCGGCAUAUGAAGAACGAUGUAGAGAGGAAAAAAGAGAUUGAGAGGAUUGAGAAACAUAAAGCUGAACUUUCAAAUAUAGAGUUAAAGCAUCCGCUAACGAAGAACCAAGUUGAGGAGGUUUGGGAGGAGAAAGACAAUUUACCAAAGGAAGAGUUUAACGAAAGAACUUUCUUUGCUCUGCAUGAUUUAGAUAGUAACGGGUUCUUGGAUGAACAUGAAGUUAAUCUAAUCUUGUUGGUAAUCCAUCUAUUAAUGGGACUGUUCACACAUUCAAUCAUUGGAAUGUUUUAUUUACACAUUUACACAUUUACACAUUUACACAUUUACGCAUUUGUUAAUUUAAUCAUUUAUUAA